ACCCAUGACCCAACAAAAGAAAACCCGACUUCCUGGACUGCUGAGACCCCUCUCAGUUCUGCUCUACAGAUAUUUGAUUUCCCCAAACCCUAAACAUCCACUGUGCCCCCCUUUCCUCAGAGGCUGUAACCGAGCAACCGACGCCUGCCACUUUACUCAGCAGCCAACUCACUCGCCAGCCACCGCGUUGUUUAGUUACAAAAAAGCUUUUUGGUGAAGGAAGCUUGUGAGACUAGUUGAGAAGUUCUCUAGGUCUUGAAAGCAUGAUCUUUUUGAAAAGUGUAAGGUGCAAUGGAAGAUUAUUUGGACCAUUCAAUUCAUUUUCCCAAAGGAGAUGGAAAAAACCAAUUUUUUCAGCUCAGACUCGCCUAGAAACCAGAACUAAAGAUUUAAAACUAGACAAGCUCAUGAUGCACAUUAACAAACUCAAAACCAUCCUUAACAUCCACCAGCUUAUGGCCCAGCGAAAGCGUGGUCCCUUUGUCUCUGUGCAACUGAUGUCACAAUGGAGAAACAUUGUCGGUCUGAACGUGGGCAUGGGUGAAUUUCUUCACAAAUAUCCACAUGUCUUUGAGUUAUUUGUACACCCCCUUAGGAGGAAUUUAUGCUGCAAGAUAACUCAGAGAAUGCGAGAUUUGAUUGACGAGGAAGAAAAAAUUGUCAAAGAAUAUGAACCUGAAUUGUUGCAAAAGGUAAAGAAACUGCUCAUGAUGUCAAAAAAUGGGACACUUCAUGUCCAUGCUUUGAGGUUAAUUAGGAGAGAACUUGGCUUGCCUGAGGAUUUCAGAGAUUCUAUUUUAAGAACACAUUCAAAGGAUUUUAGGUUAGUUGAUUUGGAAAUUGUUGAGCUGGUUGACAGGAAUGAGAGUUUGGCCAAGGCUGAAGUUGAAAAAUGGAGAGAAAAAGAAUAUGUAGAUAAAUGGUUGAGUGAGUUUGAGACAAGUUAUGCAUUUCCCAUUAAUUUUCCAACAGGGUUUAAGAUAGAGGGAGGUUAUAGAGAGAAAUUAAAGAACUGGCAGAGGCUUCCCUAUUUGAAGCCUUAUGAGAGCAAGGAGGUUCUCAGAGUUCGUACUUGUGGAGGGAUUGAGCGUUUUGAGAAGCGGGCAGUUGGGAUUAUUCAUGAGCUCUUGAGCUUGACAGUAGAGAAGAUGCUUGAAGUUGACAGAUUGGCUCAUUUUAGAAAGGAUUUUGCUAUUGAAGUUAAUGUAUGUGAACUGCUUUUGAAGCACCCUGGUAUUUUCUAUAUAUGUACCAAAGGAAGUACUCAGACUGUUUUCCUUAGAGAAGCCUAUUCAAAAGGGCGUUUGGCUUUGCCAAAUCCAAUUUAUGUUGUUCGAAGGAAAAUGCUGGACCUUAUCUUGCUUGGGCAUCGAAAUACUAGAUCUUUGGAAGAUCUGGAAGAAAUUAAGGAGGAAAGAAAUGGCUCAGUUUUUAGAACAAAUGUGGGAGGCAGAAGAGAUGGUGACUGGAUUGUCCCAAUUUUAGAUAGUUAUGAUCAAAAUGCUUUUGGUAGUCUAGGUGACAUCAAUGAUUCUAAGCAGCCAUUUGAUGGAUGUGAGAGUGGAAGAAAUUGAACUUUUUGCUUUGAGGAUAAGUCUAGUUGAUUUCAAGUCAUUGCACCUUUAUCUCUGCAAUAUACAGUUCCAUUCUCUUAGGUAGUUAGAUCCUAGCUUGAAUGGAGAUGAUCGGGUGUUUGAAAACCACAAUGUGCUUCGCGAGACAACUAAUAAGCUUAUAUCAAUGCAGUGACAGAAUGACAGGCUUGUCGGUACAGUAAUAAAGAAGCUUGGGUGGAACGGAUGAUGCCAUUUGGAGUCGGAAUUUGUCCAUUUCCAGAACUAUGAACCUGAAUGACUAAAAGAAUUAGAGGUGUGCCUGUAAGUUAUUAUUUGUGGUUGCCUUGCUUGAGAGUCUGUUAGAGGGGGCAAAACAUGAAUACCUGCACCCUGUAUGAGAAAGAAGAUCGGCCUUGGAGGUACUGGAUUGUUUUCAACGAUCAAGUCAAUCAAGUACGAGGAUAUUGGAUGUUGUACAUGUUCUUUGUGAAUUUGAAAUGAAUGGCAUAGUAGACUCAUUAGCAAAACUGGGCAUUGACGGAAGCUACCAUAUUUGCUGCUUGGUUUUGUUGGUAUGGUAUCUGGGGUUUGUCGCAAUUUGAUUGUAGCCCUCUCUAAUUUACUAGGUCUGCCAUGACCACAAAUAUUUCCAACCUAUUGUAAACCUUAUAUCGCAAAGAGAUUGCUUGCUUAUUAAGUAUAAAGCCCUCCCAAAAAAACUUAUGAAUUUUUAACCA